AUGGCCGGAGUGGCCGCCCCGGGAUUGCUAGUAGCAUCCCCCUGUCGUCCGGCCGUUGCCGGAGCACUGGAGGAAGUCUCCUUGUACAUGCGUGCGCAUGAGCAGCUGUUAAGUUUCAAGUGCGCCCGAUCAUCCGCUCGAUAUCUGCUCCAGGCCGGGGUGGUCUUGCGAAGUGCAUUUUCUUUGGGAGCGAGGGCUGCGUGUUGUGCCCAGUGUGUUGGAAUGGCUCGCAGCCUCCAGAUGUUUUCCGAUCGAGCCGAUAGAGCCUGGGCCAGGCUGCCCAGUCAGUCUGUACAGCUCCCUUGGGAGGUCAGUUUCCAGUCGUGUUUGGAGCUUCCCCUCUCCCUCAAUUUUGAGCGCCCCGCAAGAGUCCGAGUGCCGGAGAGGAGCGUGGUCCCCGUAGAGACCAAGAAGCCGCGCGUCGACGGCCAGUCGGUGCUGUCAGUGGCAGUGAAGGUCUCCGCCAAACCUUGGCACGAAGAUGACCGACGUGGAGCAGCGCUGUUCCAGCUCCAGGCCAUCGUGGAAGGAUGGCAGGAUGCGUUUGGUAUUGUCGCGCUCUGCCGUGCAGACGCCAAUGGCACGCUGGACUUGGACGAGCUGUCGUACAGCAUAGCCAGCGCCUGUGCGCAUAAUAAGGCCACCGGAACAAUAGUCCGCAGACUUUCUUCCCUUAACCAUUUCGUAACGUGGGCCGACUCCGUUCAAGCUUCGCCCUUCCCAGUGACGGAGAGAGUCUCCUGGAUGUACCUCACCCACUUGGACCGUUCCGAGGCGCCGUGGUCGAAACCCGGCGGGUUCACUCAGUGCGUCAACUGGUGUCGAGGCGUCCUCGGUCUGAAAGUCGAGGACUACAUGACCUCGAGCCCUCGCAUUGUGGGCCUUUGCAAAGGCUUCGAGGCCAAGGCUCCUCCGCCCCGCCGGGCGCCUGCUCUGGCUGUGGAAGAAGUCAAGUUCCUCGAGGGUGCCGCGGCCUUCGCUGACAAUGCUCCCGACUGCGUCAUUGCGGGUGCGCUAUUGUUUAUGAUGUUCAGCUGCGCCAGAGCCAGCGAUGCGGCUAGGAUGGUAACUCUUGAGGUCGACUUUUCCGACCCAGACGAGUCCACCGUGUGGAUAGAGGGCUCCGUCUCCAGGAGCAAGACGGCCAUGGGGGCCAGAGCACGCCUGUUGUUACCACUUCUGGCGCGGGUCUCCCUCGGCCUUUCGGUCAAAGGCGCUAUCGAUAAGGGUUCUCUGAUCCCGCAUUUCGGGGAAGAUGGCGUCCCCACCGGAAACGCCGUGUCUUCGCAGCAGAUCACUAAGUGGUUGCGCGGCAUUCUGGCAGAGGUCUCCCCGGACUCUUCCCGUCUCUCCAGCCACAGCCUGAAGGCCACGGGCCUGACGUGGGCCGCGUCGGCCGGUGUCGCCCUAGACACGCGGCGCUUGUUAGCACACCAUGUGCAUGACAGUCCGCGUAGCACGGAGACCUACAGCCGAGACGUUCUCGCGCCGGCGGCGCGCGUUUUCGAGGAAGUCCUCCUCGCCAUCCGUGAUGGCGACUUCGUGCCUGACAACCCUCGUGGGAGUCAAAUUAGGACUAGACAGCGUGUUUUGGCCUUCAACAAACCAGAUCCAGUCGUGCCGGAGGGAGCUCUGCGUCGGAGUUCGAAUGUUCCUCCCGACCUGGACAACGAGGUCUCAGCAGCUGCGUCGGCCGAGCAGCCGGCGCCCGAGCACAUGACUGAUACCACAGAUAGCGAGUCGGACCGACUCAGUGAGGAGGACAUGCCGACAGAUCCCCCUUUGCCCGGGAACCGUGCCCGCCGCGAGGCAGUGGCAGCUCUGCCACCGUGGUGCCAGUCCUUCAUGCACGCUGUCAGUGGCUGCCUCCACGUUCAAGGGGUCGAGAUGCGAAAUCGUCUUCUUUGUGGGCGGACGUUGUCUGACAGGUACGUUACCAGCGACGUUGUUGAACUCGAAGAGGGUCGUCCCCAUUGCAAGCAGUGCUGGACCCACUCAAGCUUGCAGGCCAUGGUUUGCCUGGUUGACAGCAAGGCCGAGUUUAAAAGCAGAGCCGAAGACUUGCUCGGGAGCGACCCCUUCAAAAAUCUGGUGAAGGAGAACGUGGAGUCCUUUGCCGCCCUUGCGUUCUCUGUGGCCGAUCAGCCCAACCAUAUUGACGAUAGCAAGCUGGAAGAUCUGGCGAAAAAGAUCUUUCCGGAUUUGAAGGAUCGGGGCGACCCCGAGGCGUCCAGCAAGAAGCACUUGCCCAGCCACGAGAGAGAACACAAGAGGAAAGAGCAAGUUGCUCGCCUCACUGGGGUCCUCCUGGAAGGUGACUUGGAGCCCUCUAACGGUCUCGUAGACCGCGCGGCGGCUAUGUUGCACGACGGCCUCGUGCGUUACAUUCCGCCGUCCGCAUGCGUGAGUCGCGAUGCAGAGGUCGCCGCCGUGCGGCGGGACAAGGAGUUCUUUGCCAUCGAGAAUGGCGAGCUUACCCUGAAGAAGAAGGACAAUGUGUUCAAUGCGGACGUAGCAACCGACUUCAAGCUGCAGCAGGCUUUCACCAGGAGAGGUGUGGCCCUAGACCGCGUCGGUCUGGUCUCCUUCACGAGCGCAAUUAUCAAGGCCGACAAAGAGCUCUGGACGCUGUUGUCCCGAGAGUGUCGUGACGGGUGCAAGCCCAACGCAGCAGGCGUGGCUCCUUUGGCAGAUGGCCGGGGCCGCGAGUGGACGAAGGGCAGAGGCGCUGGCAAAGGAACUGCGCCCCUUUUCAGCCGCAUGACGAUCACGGCAGACGUCACUGCAAUGGAUUCAACCUGGAGGACCACGGGGCAGGGAACUGCCCGGCAAACAAGAAGCGUGAGUGACUAUCCCAGAAAGAAGGGCGUUCCCUUCUCAAAGAUGUCCUGGACCGGCCAGGAUUUUCGUGACAGGGCACGCGUUCGUGCCGCGAACAGCCUCGUAGAGCUGAUGUCCUCCUGGUGCAGACACUUGUCCGCAAAAGGGGUCUGCUGGAGUAUUGAAAAUCCCACUAAUAGCUUGAUUUGGCUUUUCCCUGGUUUGAGUGGGCUCGUGGCCAACUCUCACGUUGUCACGCUGCAUGCGUGCAUGUUUGGGAGUACCCGGCGGAAGAGCACCAAGUUGGUGUCGAACCGCUCUUGGUUUCGUCGGACAGCCGUGCUGUGCUCUGGAGACCAUGCCCAUGAGUCAUGGGGUCAGGUCACGCAUCAAGGGGAGCGUGUUUGGUCGACCUCUCUUGAGAGUGCCUACACGCCCCAGCUAGCCAAAGCGUGGGCGUCCUGCGCCGGGGCGGCUGUCAAGGACGUCCUGGAAAGAGCCCCCGUGGGGCGGAAGCGUGCAUUCAAGGCGCUGUGCGAGCCGGACUUCACUGUCAAGGUCACACUAAAGGGCGACGAUGCCGCACGCUUCUUCAGCUUUUUUCCGCCCUGCAAGAUUCCGCGCAACUGGGACCACUGGCCUAAAGGGUCAAAGCUCCUGGAGAUCGACCGCGAGGGUGCGACCGCGUCGGUCGCCAUCCCUUGCUCGCCGGAAGCCUGGUGCAGACAGGCCUUAGAGCUACCAAGCCCGCGUAGGGCGCGCUGUGUCCUCCCUCCCGAGAUGCUCGUAGCUCUCGCGGCCGAUGCCGCCGAGGACACCAUUAAGCUUGCAAAGUCACGUACGGAGGCGUCCCGUGACCUCCUUCGAGUUUGUAAGGGUUCCGUGAGCCGGGAGACGGCCCUCCGUGAAGGUCUCGACCCCGAAGUCAACCACGUCACUUCCAGCAAGAUGUCUGUGGCUCUGGAACUCUUGUUGCGCGAAGUGGGUCACGUCGACCCGGACGUCGCGGAGUCCGUUAGGCUAGGCUUUCCCCUCGUGAAUUGGCUCCCCGUUACGGGGUUGUGGGAUGCCGACGUUCGGCCCCCCGAACUUACGGCCUCCGGUCUCCAACGAAUGUCCGAAGAAAUUUCUCGACGGUGCGUAAACGGUCUCUGCCGGUACCGUGACCGAGCGACUGAGCGUGCUGUCUGGGCCGAGAAGAACAGGCCUAUCGACAACUUUAAAGCCAGCCUGGUCAACUCAGCCUGUGGUGUGCAGGAGAAGGUUCAGAUGAUGGACGGGAUCGACGAGAUAGUCGAGGCCUGUCUGUCCUGGCUUCGUUUUCGUCUGCCGGGGAGCCCCCCUGAGCGCAUCCUCGGUCGUACCUGGGAUCUAAAGAGCGCUUAUAAGCAGCUCGCCGUGCGAGCCGACCACAAGCACUUCGCCAUCAUUUGCGUCAUGGACCCUGAGGCAGACGUUGUCCAAUACUGCCGCUUGCACAGCCUGCCCUUUGGGGCAGUUGCAGCCGUGCAUGCUUUCCUGCGGUGCAGCGAAGCAUUAAAAGCCAUAGCAAGGAAAAAGUUUUUCAUAGCUAUGACCUCCUUUUUCGAUGACUUCACGGUGCUGACGUCUGCAGCAAACGCGGCCCACGUUGAGGUCGUUGUCUCCUCAAUGUUCAAGAAACUGGGCUGGCGCGUAGCCACAGAGGAGAAGAAGAAUCGCCCCUUCUCCGAGGUUUUCGACGUUCUCGGAGUCCGAGUGGACUUGUCCCAGCAGUCCGUGGGUGUGGUACAGGUCAGCAACACGCCUCAGCGCGUCGCUGAGCUUAAGGCAGUGGUGGCUGUCGGGGACGUUUCCCCGGCCUCCGAAGCCUCGCAUCCUCUGACUGACGUCCAGCAGGCAGCUUUGGACUUCAUUGAGCAACGCGUCCUGGAUGGGACACCGCCAAAGCCACACGUGGGAAACGAGUUUGACACAUCCCACUCGCUCAUCGAUAACGAUGCCGCUAGAGCGUCCCUAGCCCGCAGUUUCACACGGAAAGAAGAGGGCGCAGCGAUAGUGUUUCAGGCUGUGGAAGCGGAGGAGCGUCUCAACAUCAACGCUUGCUUCUUGAGGGUGCCCACCUCUAGCAACAUUGCGGACGGGCCAAGUCGCGGGGUUUUCGACACGAUCCUCCGUCUUGGGGGUCGUAGGAUCCCCCUGCCGUGCGGGGCGAUACGCAGCGCGUUGGGCCUCUCAGGAGCUGUCUAA